UUCCAGCUAUGAUAACUUCCUACCCAAAUACCACCUUGGCAACACAAGGGCAAAAGAAGGAGAUGAGCUGCACAGCACAUGGAGAGAAACCCAUCAUAGUCCGCUGGGAAAAGGAAGACAGAAUCAUCAACCCUGAAAUGUCUCGUUACCUUGUUUCCACCAAGGAAGUUGGAGAUGAAGUGAUCUCUACUCUGCAGAUUUUGCCAACUGUGCGUGAAGAUUCUGGUUUCUUUUCCUGCCAUGCCAUCAAUUCUUACGGGGAGGAUCGUGGGAUCAUUCAGCUCACUGUGCAAGAACCUCCCGACCCUCCCGAGAUAGAAAUCCGCGAGGUUCGAGCACGCAGCAUUGCCCUCAGGUGGACGAUGGGGUUUGAUGGGAACAGCCCAAUCACUGGCUAUGACAUCGAGUGCAAGAACAAGUCGGACUCUUGGGAUUCUGUUCAGAGAACCAAAGACGUUUCUCCUCAGCUGAACCAAGCCACUAUCAUCGAUCUGCACCCGUCCUCAACCUACAACAUCCGCAUGUACGCCAAGAACCGCAUCGGCAAGAGCGAGGCCAGCAACGAGCUCACCAUCACCACUGAUGAAGCAGCUCCUGAUGGUCCACCUCAGGAUGUCCAACUUGAGCCGAUAUCAUCACAGAGCAUUAGAGUCACCUGGAAGGCUCCAAAGAAGCAUUUGCAAAAUGGAAUUAUUCGUGGAUACCAGAUAGGUUAUCGGGAGUACAGUGCAGGGGGAAACUUCCAGUUCAACAUCAUCAGCAUCGAUACCACUGGGGACAGUGAAGUUUAUACACUGAAUAACCUGAAAAAAUUCACCCAGUAUGGCAUGGUGGUCCAGGCUUGCAACCGGGCUGGAAUAGGACCUUCUUCUCAGGAAAUCAUCACCACAACUCUUGAGGAUGUGCCCAGUUGCCCUCCAGGGAAUGUGCAAGCCACUGCUACAUCACCAGAAACCAUUUCAAUUUCUUGGUCAACAUUGGCAAAGGAAACCCUGAAUGGGAUUCUGCAAGGAUUCAGGGUCAUCUACUGGGCCAAUCUCUUGGAUGGAGAGCUAGGAGAGAUAAAGAAUGUCACUACUACACAGCCAUCACUGGAGCUUGAUGGUCUGGAAAAAUACACCAACUACAGCAUCCAGGUGUUGGCUUUCACACGAGCUGGGGAUGGAGUGAGGAGUGAACAAAUCUUCACCCGCACUAAAGAAGAUGUUCCAGGUCCUCCUGCUGGUGUUAAAGCAGCUGCAGCUUCGGCUUCUACUGUCUUUGUCUCCUGGCUCCCUCCCCUCAAGCUGAACGGCAUCAUUCGGAAAUACACCGUCUUCUGCUCACACCCCUACCCCACAGUAAUCAGCGAGUUUGAAGCCUCUCCCGACUCAUUUUCCUACAGAAUCCCCAACCUGAGCCGGAAUCGCCAGUACAGUGUGUGGGUGGUGGCAGUGACAGCUGCAGGAAGAGGCAACAGCAGUGAGAUUAUCACCGUGGAACCUCUUGCUAAAGCUCCUGCCAGGAUUUUGACGUUCAGCGGCACCGUGACCACCCCCUGGAUGAAGGACAUUGUUCUCCCUUGCAAAGCUGUGGGAGACCCAGCUCCAACAGUCAAAUGGAUGAAGGAUAGUAACGGGACACCCAGUCUAGUGAUGAUUGAUGGGCGAAGAAGCAUCUUUAGCAACGGCAGCUUUGUCAUCAGGACUGUGAAAGCAGAAGACUCUGGAUACUACAGUUGUGUGGCCAGUAACAACUGGGGAUCAGAUGAAAUAAUUUUGAAUUUGCAGGUACAAGUUCCACCAGACCAGCCCAGACUCACUGUAUCCAAAACUACAUCUUCCUCUAUCAGUUAUAUUCUGCAGUACUCAGAAGAUAACAGUGAGCAGUGGGGCAGCUUUCCCAUCAGCCCUAGUGAGAGGUCCUACAGGUUAGAAACCCUGAAAUGUGGCACUUGGUACAAGUUCACUUUGACUGCUCAGAAUGGAGUGGGGCCAGGACGCAUCAGCGAGAUCAUCGAGGCCAAAACGCUUGGAAAAGAGCCACAGUUUUCCAAGGAACAAGAGCUCUUUGCAAGUAUCAAUACCACACGAGUGAGGCUGAACCUGAUAGGCUGGAAUGAUGGUGGCUGCCCCAUCACCUCUUUCACCCUGGAGUACAGACCUUUUGGGACGACAGUCUGGACAACGGCUCAGAGGACAUCCCUGUCCAAGUCCUACAUCCUGUAUGACCUCCAGGAGGCAACCUGGUAUGAACUGCAGAUGAGAGUAUGCAACAGUGCUGGCUGUGCAGAGAAACAAGCCAAAUUUGCUACACUCAAUUAUGAUGGCAGUACAAUCCCUCCACUCAUUAAGUCAGUUGUGCAAAGUGAGGAAGGGCUGGCAACCAACGAAGGGCUAAAGAUGCUGGUGACCAUUUCCUGUAUCUUGGUUGGGGUCUUGCUGCUUUUUGUGAUGCUGCUGGUCGUGCGGAGGAGGAGGAGGGAGCAGAGACUGAAGAGGCUGCGAGAUGCAAAGAGUUUGGCUGAAAUGCUUAUGAGCAAGAACACCAGGACGUCAGAUACACUUAAUAAGCAGCAGCAAACGCUGAGGAUGCACAUAGAUAUUCCCAGAGCACAGCUUCUCAUUGAAGAGAGGGACACCAUGGAGACUAUUGAUGACAGAUCAACAGUUCUGCUCACUGAUGCUGACUUUGGAGAGACAUCUAAGCAGAAGUCCCUGACUGUCACCCACACAGUACAUUACCAGUCAGUGUCACAAGCCACAGGACCACUGGUGGAUGUGUCUGAUGCCCGGCCAGGAACAAAUCCUACCACAAGGAGGAGUGCCAAAACCGGACCCACCGCUCGCAACCGCUACGCUAGUCAGUGGACUCUCAACAGACCUCACCCCACCAUAUCAGCUCACACCCUCACCACAGACUGGAGGCUGCCCACCCCCAGGCCAGCAGGAUCAGUGGACAAGGAAAGCGACAGCUACAGCGUCAGCCCCUCACAGGACACAGAUCGAGCAAGAAGCAGCAUGGUCUCCACAGAAAGUGCCUCCUCAACAUACGAAGAGCUAGCGAGAGCCUACGAGCAUGCAAAGAUGGAAGAGCAGCUGAGACAUGCCAAGUUCACCAUCACAGAGUGCUUCAUAUCAGACACCUCCUCGGAGCAGCUCACGGCAGGGACUAAUGACUACACAGACAGCCUCACCUCAAGCACGCCGUCGGAGUCGGGGAUCUGCAGGUUCACUGCGUCCCCCCCCAAACCUCAGGAUGGAGGGAGAGUGAUGAACAUGGCAGUUCCAAAGGCACAUCGGCCAGGUGAUCUCAUGCAUUUGCCGCCCUACCUUAGGAUGGACUUUUUAUUGAACCGUGGCGUGCAGGGCACGAGCAGAGACCUGGGUUUGGGGCAAGCCUGCUUGGAGCCACAGAAAAGCCGAACCUUGAAGCGUCCCACCGUCCUGGAGCCGAUCCCCAUGGAGACAUCCUCCACCAGAGAAGUACAGUCAUGGCAACCUGGUGCUGUGGCAACGUUACCUCAGCGAGAAGGAGCUGAGCUAGGACAGGCAGCAAAAAUGAGCAGCUCCCAAGAAUCCCUGCUGGACUCCCGGGGCCACUUGAAAGGAAACAAUCCCUACGCAAAAUCUUACACCCUGGUAUAACAAAAAGAGCAUGGCUGGACAGUGGCUGUAAAUAUUUACACUGAAAACAAAAAACAAAAACAAAUCCAAUGAAAGCUACCUUUUUUUUAUUGAAUUCCAAUAUUUAUAAUUAAAGAAGAAGAUUGCCAAAAUAUUUGACAAAAAAAAUAAUAAUAUGAACGACAGACAGUGCAAAGACUCUCUUGCUUUUUUUCUGUCUGAGUGUGAGCUUCAUCUGACUGGACAUCUGAAUUUUUGGGUAAAAGAGUCCAGUUUUCUGAUCUUCACAAGCGUUUGUGUUUUUACUGAUUUUCUACGAAGUGCAUGGAGACUUAACUCGAACAUUUUAACUGGAAGUUCCAUCAGACAAGAUUUAAAAGGGAAAAAAAAAAGCAAAAAAAAAAAAAAAAAUCACCCUCUUUGUGAAUUCAACAGGAACAUUGAUUUGGAGAAAGAAAAAGUCUUUUGUCAUGUUUGCACUUUUUUUUUUAAUUAGAAAAUGGGUCCUUGAUUGUUCUUUUUUUUUGUUGUUAAUUAGGAUGAGUGAUGUCAGUGGA